AUGAAUGCUUCAUUAGAAGGUAACAAAGGUCUUUGCGGCAAUGUAUCAGGACUCCAGCCCUGUGAAAGACCAUCUCAUGUGGUGAACAAGCAGUCAAUGGCGCAAGUCAUCCUCAUCACUGCACUUCAUGUUAUGGGAGCAAUACUACUGCUAUGUGUUUUCAUUGGUGUUCUCUUUAUGUGUAAUAAAAGAAGGAGAGUUAGAGACGUUGAAAGAAGGGAUGGUGAUGGUUGGCUUUCAAUAUCCAUGUUAGAUGGAAAGACAUUGUAUAGGGACAUCUUAAAUGCUACAGAAGAGUUUGAUGCAAAAUUUUGCAUCGGCCAAGGAGGACACGGAAGCGUUUACAAGGUAAACCUUCCAUUAUUAGGGAAUAUAGCCAUGAAGAGACUUCAUUCUUCAUAUCAGAAUACACAUCCCAAAAACUUCAUGAAUGAAGUAAGGUCAUUGACUGGGAUUAAGCACCGAAACAUUGUGAACCUCUAUGGCUAUUGUUCGAAAGCACAACACUCACUCUUGGUUUACGAGUAUGUGGAGAGGGGGGGUUUGUCUAGUAUUUUGAGUGAUAAAGUUGAGUCCAAGAAAUUGGAUUGGUUUAAAAGGGUGAAUAUCAUCAAGGGUGUUGCUUUUGCUUUAUCUUACAUACACCAGAAUUGUUCACCACCCAUUGUUCAUCGAGACAUAUCAAGCAAUAAUGUUUUGCUUGAUUCAGAGUAUGAAGCUCGUGUUGCAGACUUUGGCAUAUCAAAGCUUCUCAAUCCAGACUCAUUCAAUUGCACAACGCUUGCAGGGACAUAUGGUUAUGUUGCACCUGAGCUUGCAUAUACUAUGAAGGUUACACAAAUGUGUGAUGUAUAUAGCUUUGGAGUAUUAUCUUUGGAGAUAAUCAAAGGAAAGCAUCUUGGGGAAUACAUUACUGUGCUAGCAAAUUCAUCGACUAUAGAUCAUGAGCAGCUUAGUGAUUUGUUGGAUGAACGCCUUCCAUAUCCUGAAGCUAGAGUAAAAGAGGUUUUGAUUUAUAUCAUCAAGCUAGCAUGCUCUUGUUUGCUUGAAACUCCAAAAUCAAGGCCAACAAUGCACUUCAUCUCUCAUAAGUUAUCAUCGAUGGAUGCACGUCCACAUACUCAUGUAAAGCGAGUUCUUUAA